CGAUAAAGAUAACUGUGUAUACAUGAAAAAAUAUAUGGAGCCCAUGAAUGACGCGGUAAACAUGGUAAUAAUAUAAACACAACCCGCAGGCACAACCCGUAAACACGUCUCGAGGACGAGAUUUUCGUGUUCCGUAAUGUUUACCAAAAUCGGCCUAUAGCUGAUCCACACUGCUUAAUACCGGAACACAAAAACACAAUAUCUUCAGAGGCACUCGGCACAAGACUGAGUACAACGUUAGAAUCAAUGUGUAAUUGCGAGCGAUUUCGCUGAGAUCCGAGAGAUAGCUUUGUGCGAAUUAAAGCUUUCCCUGUGUUGUAAAAUGGUCAUGAUGCAAUUUCAGCUACAUCUUCUAUCCACUUUGCUUGUUUUCGUGACUGCGUGUAACUGCAAUGGACAGUCGUAUUGCCCUCCUCAAGGUCCGCCUGGCCAACCCGGGAUUCCGGGCACUCCUGGUACUCCAGGAACUCCCGGAAUACCAGGAACUCUAGGAACACCAGGAACUUUGGCUUCCGUGGGAUAUCCCGGUUUUUCUCGGCGAUGGAAACAGUGUGCUUGGCAAUAUAAUGAAAGACAGGAUGACAAAGAUAAUGGCCAAGUUCAUGAGUGCGUCUUUGUCAAGUCGAGGAGUGAUUCAUACCUGCGUGUGGUUUACAUGGGUAACAUUCGGAUAAGAAAGUGUAGAAACUGCUGUAAGAGAUGGUACUUCACUUUCAACAAGGCCGAGUGCAAGGACCCCGCCCCUAUUGAUGGUGCACUGUACCAAAGCAUUGACAUUAACAUUCACCGUGCCACUAACAUAGAGGGCUACUGUGGCGGGAUUGCCGCUGGGAAAGUGCAAGUUGGCUUCAGUAUUGGAAACUGUGACAAUGGAAUAAGCAGCACUAGUGCUGAUGGAUGGACAAGUUGGAAUCAGGCUAUCAGGAUCAUUAUUGAAGAAGUCGAACCGCCAGUUGCUUGACUUUUCACACACAAAAAAUAGAGUUCUCAAAAAAAAAAAAGAGGUGCUAUUUAAGGGGUCAUUUUUUAAAAGACGGGUGAACACAUCGUUGUAGUAACGCAAGGCAAUAAUCUUAAAAGCUGGAGUUUAUUUUAUUUGAAAUGUCAGGCGUAGUGUUGGAAUGUAAUGGCUAAGCGGGCCAAUAUUGUAUCUGAACGUAAAAUGCGGUUCAUUAAAGACAACAGUUGACUUAAA